UCCGGUUUGAGUUCAGAGUUGCGACGUUUAUACGGUGACAAAUAUAUAAGCCCUUUACCGCUACACACUUCUUCAUUUCAGCAUAUUUCUUCCUGAUCUCGAGUAAAAUUCACAGAUCAUCAGCGAAAGUAAUUAAUUCAGUACUACAAAGAUGGUUUGAAAACUACCAAAAGUAUAAUCAUAGCAAAAUUGAAGAGGUUGCGAAAGAAUUGGGUUUGAUGUACAAGAAUGUGAAGUACUUCACCUUCACUUCAAAGACACCUGUUCGCCUCGGCACGAUAUAGAAGAGAAAACCAAGCGCAUACAACAUAUUUAUUAAAGAUAAAAUAAAACCAUGAAAGGUAAACCUCUCCUGGUGAACAAUUUCGGACUUGGGCCAAGGAGUGGAAUGCCCUUUCUGCCACGGCCAAAAAAGGCUACCAAGAUAAAAGGGAACUAUUGGACGUACGACCAACGAAUGAAAGGGAGAGGAUGGCCAGGGUAGAAUUUCUUUGGAGAAAAUUGGAUGAAGCUUGUCAAGAACUGGGGACUUACGGAACGGAUGUCUUCCUCCUUAGUUGAGGCGUGAAGUCGGGGAAAGAUGUGGCCCUGGGCAAUGGGAAAGGAAAAGUCUUCCUGGGAAAGUGCCCCAGUAAUGUGACAAAUUUCCGUCUCCACUGUAGAUCUGAUGUAUUGUAUAAUAAUAUAAUAAUGUGACGCAUUUAUAUAGCGCUCCUCAGUAACGUAACUGUUAAAGCGCUGUGGGAUAUCAAAUUAUUACGCCGGUCUCCACAGAAAUCAAUCAGGGGUUUCAAGGAGCAACCAGAAGGCACCCACUUGAACUUGACCAGUCGGGGAACCAAGGAGUGACUGCAGUUGGAACCAGCACUUUGGGUGAAUCUGAAGACCUUGAAAAGAAGGUUCGAGAGGCCCUUAAUAUUGCUUAUUGCGCUUCCACUGGUAGGGCUCGUUUCCCUUUAAAACAGCGAUCAUCACAAAUGGAUGGUCACUGUUCAUGGCUUACCCGAUGGACUGCAAAUACCACGCUCUAUGGGGAGCAUGGGGAAGGCAAAGAUGGCAGAACUCCUGGCAGUGAUUCCGAAUUUAAAAAUUGUAUUAAACAUUGCAUCAAGCACCCUACCUGAACAACCACAUUAUGCUGCUGAAGAAAUGUCAUCCGACACCUCUAGUAUGCCACAGGUAUUGGUGAUGGAUGAUGAAGACACCCUCAGCUUAGAUGAAGAAGGAUCUCUACCAUUGACCAACACCAGUGAAGUUCAACCCAGUGGCAGUGCUACAGCCAUGCUCAAUUACCUUGCGGGAGGUGGGCUUGGAGUUGCUCCAGUUUUACCCUUGCCUAUGCCACGACCAGCAGUAUUUUCAAAGAAAUCUUCCAUUCGAGAUAACAAGGGCAGUGCGUUCAAGAAGUCGGUGAACCCAAGAGUCAGCAGGGAGGAGGAAUUGGGAGUUCGGAUGAAGAACACAAAAUCCAGGGUUGGCAUGAGAAAGAAGAAGUCAGCGAAACUGGAUGCAGACGAGCAAUUAAGCGAAGAUGUAGCCAAACUUGCAUCUUCGAACCAAGGUAUAGUCGAGAAGAUCUAAAAGCACCGAAAAAAUAAGGGUGUUCUCGAAUAUCGAGUGAAGUGGGUUGGCUACGACGGUCCACAAGAUGAUACAUGGGAACCACUCCGUCACCUCACGAGUGAACACUCACAAGCCAUGCUGAGAGAUUAUCGGACGUCUUCAAGUGCCAAAUAAGCCAGUAUACAUGCAGACAUGACGAGUUG